AGCCUCAAAAAGGAGUUAUCCAAAGACCAGCAGACAAAGCUCUGAAACAGCCAUGAGGUUCUACACGCUUCUCUUCCUUGUCAUUCUCACCUGUUUGUACCUGACUGUGGCACAAGGUUCCUAUGAGGACUGCUGCCUAAAGUAUGCAAAGAAGCCCUCCCAUCAUGUCAGGAGAAUGGUCAUAAGCUACCGGAAGCAAGAGCUAGAUGGAGGAUGCAACAUCCCUGCCACUGUGUUUUCGAUUAAGCGGAGGGGUCGUCAAGGUCGAGUGUUCUGUGCCGACCCAAAGCAGCUUUGGGUGCGGGAGCUCAUGAAGAAACUUAACAAGAAGAGCAUAGGAUGAUGGAGAGAGAGAGAGAGAGAGAGAGAGAAAGAGAGAGAGAGACAGUGUUAACAGCGUAUAGUGAACAAGAUUUCCACCUCCUCCACGUUUUUGGACACAGAGUCCGUUUGCCUCCCCUGCUCAUCUGAUCUCGUCCUCCUGCUUAGCCAAACUCUUCUUUUGUUAUUGCCUCUUUUGCAGACACACAGACUGGUAUCUUGCCAAUGAGACACACCACUGGCAAAUUGACACAACUAAAACAGGCAGUGAUGCUGGCUGAGGGCCCACUAUUAUUGAAAGAGAGAGAGAAAGAGACAGAAAGAGAGAAAGAGAGAGAGAGAGACAUCCAAUGUAACUGAAAAUUGUGACUGCACAUUAUUGACACCUUGUAAUCUGUGUGUGUGUGUGUGUGUGUGUGUGUGUGUGUGUGUGUGUGUGUGUGUGUGUGUGUGUGUGUGUGAGUAGAACAGUAUGCUUCUCCGUUUCAAUGAUCACAUUAUCACAGAAAAUGUUUGAACAAGCCCGAGUGAAUCUCACAUCUUCAUCUUCAGAGGCGUUUACUCCUUUUUACCACUGACAAACAGGCAAGGACAGGACAGGGAAAGAAUGUCUCUCAGAUACUUAAUCAAGGACAACCUUUUGACUUUGGAGUGUUUUACAAAGAAUCUAGAUUUAUGUAAUAAUCAGUGUAGAAAUUCACCAGCUGAUGGCUUAAUACAUUUUUCUUGUCUCUUGUGUUAUAUUAUUGCACUUGAAAUAUGCAUAUUAUAAGUGAAGUCUAUCAUAAAGACCUGUGGGUAGAAGCUGAUGUGAAACAAUGUUUUAAUGUAAUGCUGCGGUGAGUUUGUAAGCAGAAGUUAUAUCUUUAUUGUUGUGGUGUAACAAAUGCUGUAAUCAAAUUGCAUGUCCAUUUUAUAGCAUCCUAAAAGCUCAAAGGUUAAUAGCCCUGUUAACUUCUGGAGUGCCUUAAUGUAUGUACUGAGGUUAUCUUUCUUUGUUGCCUUUUUUUUGUAGAAAUUGUUAAUAAAAGUUUAAAAACAA